AUGCGAGCGGUACUGCCGGGGAGACCCCCAGCGAAGCUCCAGUCGUUCAGCACAGCGCUGUGGGAUGGUCUUCGUGUUGUUGCAUACAUCUCCGGCCACGCGCUGGUUAUCCUCGGCGGUCCGCAAACGCUCCUCCAAACGAUAUACGUUGAUGACACAGAUACCCUCGAGGCUAUAGCGUUUGAUGAGACAUUCGGCAAGAUUGCAGUUUGCGGUGGGCCUGAUGUAUUCGUGUACCAGCCAUACGGCAUCCAAGGCGAAACGCUCAAGUGGUCGCUCCUUUAUACAUUCCGCGCCCCCGAUGACGACGAACCGAUCUAUACACUAUCGUGGGGUUCCCCGAACGAGCUCCUUGUGGGCAACUCCCGCCUCGCCCUUUGGUUUCUGAACGACGAACCGCGCCUUGUAUGGAAAAGAAAGCUUGCGACACCUGUGAAAUUCGCGCAAUUUUCCCCGGAUUCGUCUUUGAUUGUUACAGUGGGGCACUAUGACCGACUAGUCAAGGUAUGGAGGCGACUUGCCUUCGGCGCAGACGAGGUUCGGUUCGAGAACUCGUAUCUACCCCAUCCGAAUGUCGUCACCGGGAUACACUGGCGGUUACCUCGACACCCCGAACAAUCUAUGGAUAAUGUUCUGUAUACCUUCUGCGCCGACAACAAGAUUCGGGUGUGGGCAGUGACGGACCUUCAUGCGCUUUCUGCUCUACAGUUAUGGGCAGAGAUUGACAUGGGUGAAUCAGUACAACCUAGACAUGCGUCGGAUGAGGACGAAGGACCACAACGGCGGUAUGGGUUUAUUUUGGAUGGCCGUGACUUCUGUGUUGCGACCGAGCGUGCUGUUCAGAGGACUACAGGAAACAAAGAGAAUCAUGCUCUAGAACAUAUCAUCGAGGUUGCGAGCAAGGCCCCGGAGAUCUGUGUUGUCAUUGAUGGCCAGGGCCAUAUGUCUGCUUGGGCUUUGGAGGAUAUCGGUUCUAAAGCAAAGACCAAAUUGAGCGUCUUCAAUAUUCUUCAUGUCGAAGGUUUGGACUUCGGAUUUGAAUUUGAUCAGUCACCACAAGAAGACUACGCCCAAAUUCGUGCAUUCCAGAGUACAGUAUUAGACGACAAGCUCACCGUUCUGGUCCAUCAUUUCGGCGGUCGGAUCGAGUGGUAUGAUUCUCGUGUGGAUGUUUUGUUCGAUCCUGCACCACGCGCGAAGCGAAUCACCCAAACGGCUUCUUGGUCUGGCCAUACUGCCCCUGUGAAAAAGAUUGUCCGAAAUGCGAUUGGAGAUACACUGGUGUCACGUACCAAUGAAAACAAAGCUACUGUAUGGACACAGCGGCGUCGGGAUGGAGGAUUGAUAUUAGCACACAAGAGUGUCCUCCUUUCAGAUGAGCAUAUCCAUCGGACAUGCGUCCUUGAGAACAGAACUCUUCUCGUCAAUCUUCACCACAAUGGGGUCUCCCUAUGGGAUUUCAGCUCCGAUCAUGCCAAAAAAUUGGCUUCCUUGCCAUUCACACUGCCCGGCAAGCCACUAUGUGUGCUGCCAAUCCCCAGCACCCAAUCGACUCCAGGCGUUUCCCAUGUAGCGACGAUAUGGGCAGACAUGCACGGAAUUGUUUGGGAAAUACGAGGCCCAAGCCAGGAAGGCCACCAUGGUGACUUUGUAAAUAGCCAUGGCUAUCAAUUCCGAGAAUUUUGCACUUUCGACAUGGGUCUGAAGGAGGAUAUUGCAUAUAUCCUUCCCGUGGACCCAGCAGGCCCCAAAACAAAAACGUCGGGGUUCUUCGAUUCUUUUUCUACCGACAUUGCUCUCUCCUACAGUUACAGUGGAGUUGUGCGGACAUGGACAGCUACAGUCGAUCCAACGAAUGUGAAGGUCGAUUGGCUUCUUCAAUCAACCGUUGAUACAGGCAUCACCAACCCAUCUAUGGCGAGUGGUAGCUCUAUUCGCAAGGCAGCUCUGGUUGAUGAGGACCGGACUCACCUCACAAUCUGGGACACCAACAAUGCUCAGCUGGAGUUUGAGGAACAUUUUGCUCCACAUGACAUUAUCCGGGAUUUGGACUGGACGUCAACACCAGACAAACAGUCCAUCUUAGCCGUAGGAUUCCCACACAAAGUUGUUCUCCUAUCUCAGCUGCGCUAUGAUUAUCUAGAUUCUCGACCCUCGUGGACACAGGUUCGGGAGAUCUGGAUCCGAGACCUCACACCUCACCCUAUAGGUGACUCUUGCUGGCUGAAUAACGGCCACUUGGUCAUUGGGGCUGGCAAUCAACUGUUCGUUUAUGACAAGGACAUUGAUGUUGGAGACCGCCUAGUGUCUGAGCUUCGGAUGCAAUCUCGAGGGCUGUCGUCUGUCGAUCUCUUCGACGUUGUUAGCCGUCUGAAUGGCCCGUUGCCUGUGUUCCAUCCACAGUACUUGGCACAGUGCAUUCUGGCUGGGAAGACUAGCUUGGUACAUUCGAUUCUCUUGAACCUACAUCGCAAGCUGAAGUUCUACACCGAAGGCGAUGAGCUAGAUUGUUUCCUAGAGAUGCCGGUAGAAUGUUUCUACGAGGAAGAUGUAAGUGCGCAGCAUUUCAUUUCUUUCCCCAAUGCUCACAAAGGCCAGGGUUCCCAACAAGCGAUCUCCAAGAAAAUACGCUCUUCCUACGUCGAUUCCACUGACGGGGAAUUGUUAUCUGUGGUAGAUGAAAACACCGCGGCCGCGCUCAAUGAGAGUCUAGCACGGAUCACCUUGCCGCAACUGUCUAGCCACGAACAAUUCCGCUUGGCAGAUACCAUUGAAUGCGUUGCCAUGGUCGAGAAGCAUCGGCGCUCGAUGGACGAUAAUGCAGCACGUUAUCUCUUAUUCUUCCGACAGCAUAUGCUGCGGCGCACUCAAGGAGUGGCCAACAAAGACACUGUCUCAUGGCGGGAGAUUGUCUGGGCUUACCAUAGCAGCAGCCAAGAUAUUCUCACAGACCUUGUCUCCCGGCAAUUCAAUGGAAAAUUGACGUGGAAGGCUGCUCGUGAAAGCGGUCUGUUCAUGUGGCUAUCGGAUUCCGUAGUCGUGAAAGCACAACUCGAAAUCCUCGCCCGAUGUGAAUACACUAAGACGGAAGAAAAAAACCCCAUCGACUGUACUUUGUAUUACCUCGCCCUCGGAAAGAAGAACGUCCUUCAGGGUCUCUGGCGUAUUGCACACUGGAACCGCGAACAAGCAGCAACCCAACGUUUGUUGGCAAAUGACUUCAAGGAACCGCGAUGGAGGACAUCUGCGCUCAAGAAUGCUUAUGCAUUGCUUGGAAAGCGACGAUUUGAAUAUGCUGCAUCUUUUUUCCUUCUCGCUGAUCAUCUGCGUGACGCUGCGAACGUCAUCAUAAACCAGAUGGGUGAUCUCCAGCUCGCGAUCGCAAUCACUCGAGCCUCAGAAGGAGAUAACGGACCGGUUCUUCGGGAGAUACUGGAAGAAAAAGUAUUGCCUGGGGCCGCUUCCGACGGCAACCGCUGGAUGGCCUCUUGGGCUUUCUGGAUGCUUGGACGACGGGAUAUGGCAGUGCGGGCACUGAUUUCGCCGGUCGAGACCCUCCUAUCACCAACAACGACCCCAGCCACCCCGGGAAGCCCCGGGCGAGUAACCCUUCAGUCCAAAUCGUAUCUUUCCAACGAUCCUGCCUUGGUAGUCUUAUACCAGCAGCUCCGCGAAAAGACACUCCAAACCCUCAAAGGCGCCUCCAAAGUGCGACCCAGAGAAGAAUGGGAAUUCGUUAUCCGCAAUGCCCGACUCUACGACCGUAUGGGCUGCGACUUUCUCGCUCUCGACUUGGUACGCCACUGGGAGUUCCUGGGCGGACUCCCUACCCAGGAUGAAUUGAAGCCCAAUACCUCCCUGGAGAUGGAUGAGAACGGAGUCGAUUACCGAAGAAUGCUUCGUCGGCGGAGCAGCCUCGUAGUUGCUGAUAUGCCGGUGCACCGGGUAGAUGUCUUGCAGGAACCCGCCAUUUCUGCGACCACGCCCGGUGAGCAACCAAUGAAAGAAGAACAGAAAGCGAAGCCGAAAGCGAAGCCACCUACGAUGUUUCAUGAGCCGGAUGUCAAUUCGUUGCUAGACAGCUUUGGGUUCUAG